AUCGCCACCAUAUUCCGGGCCGCGAAACAGGAGUGCCCGCGACUACAGUUGAUAUUGUUUAUCAUUCCCGACGAUAGCCUUAUCUACAGCACCAUUAAAGAGGCCGGCGAUUGUCAUCUGGGUAUCGUUACCCAGUGUGUCAAAGCCAACAAUGUGGCCAGACCUCCUAAAGGUGGCGUUCAGUCCAAUCUGUUGCUGAAGAUCAAUACCAAACUCGGGGGAGUUAACCGUAUCCUGGAGUCCAAACCAGACAAACCCAAAGUGUUGCAAACGACUGGCCAUCGAGUGAUGAUUAUUGGCGCCGAUGUCACACAUCCGGCUCCGGCCGACAAACUGGAGACAUCGGUGGCCGCGUGUAUCGGUUCCAUAGACAUUGAUCACUGCAAGUAUUCGGCCAGUAUUAGGGCUCAGGAGAGGACAACCAAAGCACAGGCCGUAGAAAUGAUUAAGGAUUUCGAUGGUAUGAUUGGUGAGCUAUUGGCCGAAUACCAGACUGCCCUCGGUGGUUUACCCAACCAUAUCAUCUAUUAU